AUGCCCGACUUAUCAUUCGUGCCGCUUCACGACCGGAAGGACCUUCUCAAAAAGAGUGUCACGUUUUUGAACUCGGUGAGCCUAAUCGCGAACGGAUAAUCUCGAAACAAGGGGAUGUUUGCAGGAAUGGCCGCGAAGUGACGGAUCCCGAGAGCAUUCGCAAAAGAAGUCGUGCCGUCCGAGGCCGCCGAUGUCGUUUUUGCUGCUCGACGGGGAAACCGACGAGAUUCUGGGGCAUGCGAGAGUCACAACGCUUCCGAAUCGGUUAGUUGUGCACGUGAAACAGGUGUAUUUUUAAGAAGCUGCUCAUUUUAGAGAUCGCGCUCUAUGGAUUGAAUCGGUGAUGAUCAAAAAGGGCGAAAGAGGCCGUGGACUCGGAAAAUAUCUGAUGAAUGCGACAGAGCAGUGGAUGCUCGAGAACGAUUUCGACGAGGUUUCACUUGUUUUCACUUGUGAUCUUCGGCAAGAUUAUCAGUUUUGUGUUUGAGAAUUCACCUGAAACUUUUCCGUUCAAUCGGAUUAACUAAUCGGGAUGUGAAGUGAUUUGAAACCGAAAAACCCAGGUGAUUGCGAAAUGCUAAGGUUUCUCUGCUUUAAAUCAUCAUAUCUCCAGAACGGAUAAUCCGAUCGGACUGAAAAUUUCAAGGUAAGUAUUUUAAACUAAAACUGAUAAUCUCUCAUAGGAUGAUCGCAAAUGAGUUAGUUACUUUCGAUGAGCGCAUUCCUCGAUUCUAGGCAUUUCUGUCAACCGAAGAUCAGUGUCGCUUCUACGAAUCGUGCGGCUACCAAAAGUGCGAUCCGAUUGUGCAUUCGACCACCGCCACGAGUGUCUUUCCGGCAAUGGAGCACUUUCAGGUAAUUGUAAUCAAAGCGCGCUUCCAAUAUUUUCCUGCUCCAGAAUGCUGCCGCGGAGCAUCACGUCCCAGUCCGUUCCGCGCCCUCUUCCGCUUCCGCAAUCACUUCUGCAUUGGCGCCACUCCCUCCGCCGCCACCACCACUUCCGAAGAUGGUCACCACAUCCACUUCUCCCAUUCAAAUCUCAACAGUCGAACACCAGUACAUGAAGAAGCGGCUGAAACCUACGACUCUUGAAACAUAA